AUGCGACGUAACCGGAUCCAGAUCAAACCUAAUAUUUCCAAGGGCGGCCGGACGAUUGUCCCGGCAGCUGCGGCCGUCGAAACGACGCCAGCCGAAGCUCCUCUUGAGCCUGUCCCUUCCACUGCGUACCCCGAAUCGACUAGUCAUUCGGACCGUUCCUUUUUUCAGAGGUGCAAGCAACUCCCGUCCCGAAGAGAUCGCGGAUACAGUCGACAAUGGCGGAGAGACAACGUCGAUCAGGGAGUCUGACGAGUGCCAGAGUCGGAAAGUAAUCAUUGGAGACGACGAUGAAGAAGUUUCAGAGAACUUGGGUCACGAUGUUCAAAGUUUUUUUCCCAUUCGUUUCCCUCAGAACAUAUUUUUUUUUUCCAGAAGUCGUGGUCGAGGAUGCAGCCAACUGCCGGCAGUUCGAAGGCGUCGAUCCACUCGCUCCACAGCGGAGAAUCGCGCAGUUAUAAAUAUUUCAAAGUAUUUUUUAAAUUGAAAACGUUCAGUGUUCCGAACCAAACGCUUGUUCUACGGAGAGAAAGAUAUCAUUCUGGAGAUUCCGACUUCUACAACCUCUCCAGACCGUACGUUUUGAUUCGAACUUCCAAACAUCAAGUCCAGCCUCAGGGAAAGGAAAAAGUUCACUGGUGAGGAGCAGUUGAAUACGAAGACAAUGCGCAUGAUGGACCUGAUACACUGGAAUCCGAAGGGCGAGCAGAAGCUGAAAAAGUAGGGAAAAGCACUCUUUUAUGGUGACGAUGAGUGGUUUAAGACGCGAGAGAGCCGAUUCCACCUUGUCCUCUGUUGCCCUUGACCAGAAAGAUGAAAAGCCCGCUACGAUAACUGCUCCGCAAGUAAGAUCAAAGUUCUUCUACGAAAAAUGUGGACUUUUCGCAGCGGAUCCAUUCUUAGGAAUCCCAGAGUGGUCCCUAUAGGUAUUAGGGGGAAAACAACCCCUAUAGAGGCCGAAAAAGGGGUCUCUAUAAAGGUAAAAUUAAGGGCUGACCCCUUAGCCCCCAAAGCUCAAUUGGACCCUAUAGGGGUCUUUCAAUUUCAGUCGAAAAACGCUUAUUCAUUUAGUUUUUUUCCCAUGGGUAUGCUUCUGCUCUUAGAGUUCAUAAUAAUUGUCGACUAGCAGGUCCCCUAUAGUGACCACUUACUAAAGCUCCUCAAGCGAUCACUUUUGUAAGUUUUAGUGGUCCCUAGAGGGCAAUCUCCAAGGGCCCCUAAGGUUUUUCCUAUAGGGAGUUCUUAACUUCAUUAGAAAAAAUAUCAAUCAUUUUUUUUUCAGGUGAAAAUUGGCGUUGACGGUCGCUUCAUCAUCGAUGAGGCGAGCCUGGUGAUUGCAGCUAACGCGGGAAACUCUACAAUUUGGGAAACAGUCGAAGAGGUUUUCACUAAUUUCAGUUUUAUUAACCACGCCGGUAUACAUUGGUCAAAAAUAAACAGACGAUUUUUAGGGAAGAAACGCGAGUAACGUCUCCUCAAUGUCCUUUAGGACCCGCUUGUGGCGCAAAGGAACUGCUUGGACCGAGAAGGAAACCGACCUUUUCUAUGGUAUUUUUCGAAUUUUCUAAAAAUUUCUAACUGUUUCGUGACUUCAGAGAUAUUGCAAUGCACGGGGCCUGAUUUCGGGCUCAUUCACGAGUUUUUCCCGUCUCGUGCGCGGAACGAGCUCAAGAGCAAAUUCAAUCGCGAAGAGAAGUUUCACUGGGAUCGAUUACAAGCGGUUCGUUUCUUUUGAACAGAACCUUUAUUCCCUUCUCCAGACAUUAAGCAAGCCAGUUCGCUUCGAUGAGUCCAUACACACUCGCGUUGCUGUGUUGACUGACGAGAUCGAAGUUAGUUUUCAUAAGAGAAAAAUGGUGCAAACACAUUCAUUAUUACAGAAAGAGCUCGAGGAGAAGAGGAAUCGAGCUAAGAACUCCAGAAAAAAUGUCCGUUUCUCAUUUUCGCGCCCUAGCCUUUUAUUUACUUUCAGGUUAAUAAGGUCGAAGCGCCUGAUUGGGACGAAAAUAACGUGGACCUCGUGGCGGAGGCCGAAAGGAUAAUCAACGAGCUGGAAGUCAAGUCCGUCUCGGCGGAGAAGAGAAAGUUUGAACCGCUGUCUAUAUCGCUCUCAGUGAGUUUUCCCAGGCGGAAAAGCGACAAAGAGAGGAAUACCAAAAUGUUGGACCCGGCCAAGCCGAAAAUGAAGCGAAAGCAUAAGCCUGGCGGUUUUGCCUGGGACGUGCCGAUCGAGCCCCGACAGACGAUCCCUCGAAGUACCGUCAACAAGAGUCCCAAGUACAAGGGAUUCGACGGUUUUCUGAAUCCCUGCUUCUGUCAUAACGAGGUGUUCAGAAAACGAAAGCAGCGACGAAGAGGACCAAGUCGAGUAUCAGAAACCGGCGCGCGCCGUUGAACUGAAAGAAACUGCAAAUGCAGCUAUGGCCGCCGGAGGCCAUCUGUUCCAUUUUUCGCCCGGACCUAUCAAAAAUAGCUAA